AUUUAUUUAUUAUUAUUAUAAAUAAAUAAAUCAACAGUACAAUUUCACAACGAAAAGAAAUGUUAAAGAAGAGACUUUGAGAGACGACGACAGAGGCAGAGCAAAGACCACACCACCAAGAAAAUACAUAGGAAAGAGCCACGAAAGUUAAUAUAUUUGAAAGACUUUUUUUAGAAAUCUGAUGUAAACAAUCCCAUAAGAAACGAUCAUCUCUCUUGCAACACUCUCUACUCGAAUCCGAUCAUGGACGAAUGUCGAUUCGAGACGAGUGAGUUACAAGCAUCUUUCAUGAUGUCAACUCCGUUGUUUACCGAUUCUUGGAGCUUUUGCAACGCCGCGAAUUGCGAGGGGAAUAUAAAGAUUCAGGACAUAGACAGAAUCACGUAUGUUGCUGUGCCUGCGGUGCCGGUGACUCAGUUGGGGAAUCUUGUGGGUUUGAAAGUCGCCGGAGAUGGGCUUUUCUCUGGCUUAGCCUCUGAUGAGGAGCCUCCGCCUAUGGUUGACGCGGCCAUGCUCAACCUCUUCUGUCAAUUAAAGAUCAAACAAGGAUUGGAAUCGGCAUUGGUAGGAAAAAAGCUGGUGGUGAUAACCGGCCAUUCAACCGGCGGUGCAUUAGCCGCUCUCACCGCACUUUGGCUUCUCUCACAACCUUCUCAGCCGUCAUUCCGCCUCCUCUGUAUCACCUUUGGCUCUCCUUUGCUUGGAAACCAAUCUCUCUCUACAUCAAUCUCACGUUCACGUUUAGCACACAACUUCUCUCACGUGGUCUCCAUCCACGACCGCGUUCCUAGGAGCAGCAAUGAACAAUUCUGGCCCUUUGGAACCUAUCUCUUCUGUACUGACAAUGGAGGUAUCUGCCUAGACAAUGCUGAUUCUGUUCGUCGGAUGUUUCUAAUGCUUAACGCCGCGGGAACUCUAAACGCCGAGGAACAACAGAGGUAUGGACACUAUGUGUCCACUCUCUCUCACAUGUUUCUUAAAUCUAGAAACUUUCUUGGUGGGAAUAUAUCCGAAAAUAGCUAUGAAGCUGGAGUUGCGUUAGCCGUUGAAGCUCUAGGAUUCUCUAAUGAUGACCAAAGUGGUGUAUUAGUCAAGGAAUAUAUAGAAAGAGCUACAAGAAUUGGUCGAGCUCCGAUUCUGAGGUCGGCUGAGUUAGCUAAUGAGCUUGCUAGUGUCUUGCCAGCAAGACUCGAGAUUCAAUGGUACAAAGAUCGUUGCGACGCUUCAGAGGAGCAGCUCGGUUACUACGAUUUCUUUAAACGUUAUUCGUUGAAAAGAGACUUUAAGGUGAACAUGAGUCGCAAAAGACUAGCUAUGUUUUGGGACAGAGUGCUUGAAAUGGUGGAGACGAACGAGUUGCCUUUUGAUUUUCAUCUAGGGAAGAAGUGGAUUUACGCAUCUCAAUUUUAUCAACUCUUAGCUGAGCCACUCGACAUCGCAAAUUUCUACAAAAAUAGAGAUAUAAAGAGCGGUGGGCAUUACUUGGAUGAAGGGAAUAGACCAAAAAGGUAUGUGGUGAUUGAUAAGUGGUGGAAAAGAGCUGGAGAGCCUGAGAAGUGUGUGAGAAGCAGAUACACUAGCACUACGCAAGAUACUUGCUUUUGGGCUAAGCUUGAGGAAGCAAAAGAGUGGUUGGAUGAGGUGAGAAGAGAGAGUAGUGAGGCUCAGAGGCAAUCUUUGCUACGGGAAAAGAUUGUUCCAUUUGAGAGUUAUGCCGACAAACUGAAGAGAAAUAAGGAGGUUUCUUUGGAUGUUUUGGCGAAGAACUCGAGUUACAUUGUCUGGGUGGAGAAUCUAAGAGAGUUCAGGUCGAAAAUGGGUUAUGGAAAUGGAAUUGAGAUGGUUGUUGAUGAAGAUGACGCAAUGGAGACUUAGUAGGAUUAAUAAUGUAUCUAAUGUUUGAUAUGCUAUAAUAACAAACUUUAUUAGUACUGUUGUUCUUCAUUUCGUGUAAGACUUUCUGAUUUAUGUUAUAUCUUCAAAAUCAUGUAUUAUCAUUAAUGUUCAAUAAGUUUUUGCAAGAGUUUCUAUUAAUGUAAAGUUACUGGAUACUGAUGUAAAACCAACAUGUUGUAUGA